GUUUUCAGCGCUCCUGCCCCAUCUGUCAAAUCUACCCAGCCACCAUCCGGUCAUCAUGUCUAAGUUAAAGAGUUCUGAAUCUGUCAGGGUUGUUGUGCGGUGCCGGCCAAUGAAUGGCAAAGAAAAGGCAGCUUCAUAUGAUAAAGUUGUUGAUGUGGAUGUCAAAUUAGGGCAGGUAUCAGUGAAGAAUCCAAGGGGAACGUCUAGUGAGCUGCCUAAAACUUUUACCUUUGAUGCUGUCUAUGACUGGAAUUCCAAGCAGUUUGAACUUUAUGAUGAGACCUUCAGACCGCUGGUGGAUUCUGUCCUGCAAGGGUUCAAUGGGACUAUCUUUGCCUAUGGGCAGACUGGGACAGGGAAAACGUAUACAAUGGAAGGAGUGCGUGGUGAUCUGGAAAAAAGAGGAGUAAUCCCCAAUUCAUUUGAUCACAUCUUCACCCACAUCUCUAGAUCUCAGAACCAGCAGUAUUUGGUUAGAGCGUCUUAUCUGGAAAUAUACCAAGAAGAAAUCCGAGAUUUGCUAUCAAAGGAUCAGUCCAAGAGGCUGGAGCUGAAAGAGAGACCAGACACUGGUGUGUAUGUGAAGGACUUGUCAUCUUUUGUCACAAAAAGUGUCAAGGAGAUUGAACACGUCAUGAAUGUGGGGAACCAAAACCGCUCAGUCGGUGCUACCAACAUGAAUGAGCAUAGCUCCCGGUCCCAUGCCAUUUUUGUGAUCACUAUUGAGUGCAGCGAGGUGGGACUUGAUGGCGAGAAUCACAUUCGUGUAGGAAAACUCAACCUAGUGGACCUUGCAGGCAGUGAACGCCAGGCCAAGACUGGAGCACAGGGGGAAAGAUUGAAGGAAGCUACCAAGAUUAACCUCUCCCUUUCAGCUUUGGGCAAUGUUAUAUCUGCCCUAGUAGAUGGCAAAAGCACUCACAUUCCAUACCGGGACUCAAAGCUAACUAGGCUACUUCAGGACUCACUAGGUGGGAAUGCCAAGACUGUGAUGGUGGCCAAUAUAGGCCCUGCCUCUUAUAACGUAGAAGAAACUCUUACUACCCUGCGAUAUGCCAACCGUGCCAAAAACAUCAAAAACAAACCAAGAGUUAAUGAGGACCCUAAGGAUGCACUCCUACGAGAAUUCCAGGAAGAAAUCGCUCGGCUCAAGGCACAAUUGGAAAAACGAUCUGUUGGCAAAAGAAAGAGAAGAGAAAGGAGAAGAGAUGGUGGUGAAGGGGAAGAGGAAGAGGAGGAUGGAGAAGAGGGUGAUGAAGGGGAUGACAAAGAUGACUACUGGAGGGAGCAGCAGGAAAAGCUGGAAAUUGAGAAGAAAGCUAUUGUAGAGGAUCACAGUUUGGUGGCAGAAGAAAAGAUGAGACUGCUAAAGGAGAAAGAGAAGAAGAUGGAGGAUUUGAAACGAGAGAAGGAAGCAGCAGAAAUGCUAGGUGCCAAAAUCAAGGCAAUGGAAAGCAAGCUCCUUGUUGGAGGAAAGAACAUUGUAGAUCACACAAAUGAACAGCAGAAAAUCUUAGAGCAGAAACGUCAGGAAAUUGCAGAACAGAAACGUCGGGAACGAGAAAUCCAGCAACAAAUGGAAAGUCGGGAUGAGGAGACGCUGGAGCUGAAAGAGACCUAUAGUUCCCUACAGCAAGAGGUGGACAUCAAAACAAAAAAACUCAAAAAGCUGUUUUCCAAGCUGCAAGCUGUGAAGGCAGAGAUCCAUGACCUCCAAGAGGAGCACAUCAAAGAACGGCAAGAACUGGAGCAGACCCAGAAUGAGCUUACUAGGGAGCUAAAGCUAAAGCACCUGAUUAUUGAAAACUUUAUUCCCCUGGAAGAAAAGAACAAGAUCAUGAACAGAUCUUUCUUUGAUGAAGAGGAAGACCAGUGGAAACUGCAUCCCAUAACCCGGAUAGAUAACCAGCAGAUGAUGAAAAGGCCAGUGUCAGCAGUGGGAUACAAGCGACCUUUGAGUCAGCAUGCCAGGAUGUCCAUGAUGAUUCGUCCAGAGGCUCGGUACAGGGCAGAAAACAUUGUGUUACUGGAGCUAGAUAUGCCUAGCCGAACAACCAGAGACUACGAGGGCCCAGCCAUUGCUCCCAAAGUGCAGGCUGCUCUAGAAGCAGCUCUGCAGGAUGAAGAUGAGAUACAGGUGGAUGCCUCCACUUUUGAGAGCAUGUCAAAUAAAAAAUCGAAAUCCAGGCCUAAAACUGGAAGGAAAUCAGGGGGCUCCUCUUCCUCAAGCACCUCUGGGUCUCAGCUCUACCCACAAUCCCGGGGGCUGGUUCCUAAGUAAAACCAGCAAUUCCUCUCCAGGGUGUGAAUGGCAUUUACCUUCUGAGAGCAAAGACAAGUCAAAACCUGCAGAGAAGCCUCUCAGCCAGACUCCAUGCCCUUUCCUUUGGGGAAUAGUAAUGGUCUCCUUGCCAUUUAACUGACUUGCGUCAAAAUGUGCCAGUCCCCAGUGUGCUGAACCUUGCAGGAAAAUCUAGGAAUCAGCCCCUAGUGGAAACAGAUUUUAGUUAGGAAAUCAGAAAUGCAUGAGGUACGUUAAAGUGUAAUAGAAGCAAUGGGAAGCAUGAGGAUCAUCUCAGAACAUUGCCCUCUCUCCUUCUGUUCUAGCCCCCUUACUGCACUGGGCUCUCUUGCUGAUGGGCAACAGGAAAGAGUUGAAAGUCAUCUCAACAGAAUCCACUCUCCAGAACCUCAGGAUGAAAACUUAGUGAGAUUAAGAAGGGGAAGGCAUGGCCAGGCAUGAGUAGAUGCUUUGUUUUCCUCUUUCUGUUGAAAGAAUGGCAUCUUCAUUUGGAGUUAGUCCGGUUGAAUAACCCUGAGAAGGGCAGGAUUGGUGAUCUGUCUCUGUGCACUUCACAGCUAGCCCUAUCUGCUUCCCUUUAGAAAAAUAGGACAAGAGAGGGUCUUGGAGGUGUGUAUUGCUCCUCUAGAAUGAAUGCAAUAGAAACUGACAUUCUCUGUUUACAGGCAUCAGUAAGAGUCUGACCUAAACUGACCUGCUAAAGACUCGGUCCCUACCAGCAGGGACCACCUUGUCAAAGAGAAAGUCUGUAUGUUAGUGGCAGCUCCAUGUUAGUUUUCUUCCUCUCUUCUCCAUCCCCUACCUGGCGUUUUAGGCCAGCAUCCAUACUGAACAGCUAAACCCCAGGUUGGGUCUGGCCAUUUUCUCAGCUCUUCCAUCAUCUGCAGGACAUGUAGAUCUAGGUUGGUACUAGAUCUUGGCCAGGAGGCAAACAUGGCUACUUCUGCUAUUCCCUAUGACAAGGGUGGAAUCUGGAGCACUAAGAGGCAAAGCCAUACCAGACUGCACUUUUCUAAUAAGCAUGCCACCUUUCCCUUGUUGUUAUGAGGAGGUUCAGUGCAGGAGUGCUGCCUUUUGUGUCUCAUCCUGUUCUAAGUUAACAACAUUCCCACUUCUCAGUCUUAAGCUUUUCUGAAUACAGGGGGGCCAUGUGUAAUCACAGGUCUGUGAAUGUAAGGAAAUCCAAUAUAAAUUCCAAGGAUGGUACACUGGAAUUGGAGGGGGAAGCACUACUUUAGAUGGUCUCUCUUCAAAGUUUGCCCUAUGACUAACGUAGGCAACAGGCCUGCAUGGUCUAGCGGGAAGAGGGAAACUGCUGUACUGGAUGAGCUCAGAAGACUGAUUAAGGUGUUCCUGUCUUGCAUCUCGCUGUUGUUCAGCUUGUAAGUUUUAGUUCCCUGUAUAUUGAGAGUUGGGCUAUUUUUUUUUCUUGACUGUUGUCAACUGUUGUCCUGUGAUUGCCUUUAUCCAUUACCUCUUCCUUGCAGAUGACCUCUCCCUAGACUGACUGAAGGUGUCUGAGAACUUUCCUGUUCUUAGAAAUACUCUAAUGUAGGGACUCUACCUUGUGUUCUUGUCAAGUAUCCACUGAUUGACUCUGUCUAGUCUGAAAAAACUCCAUUGUAUCUAACUGUCAUGAGCAGAAGGAACACGACACCUUUAGCAUAAAGCUCUCCUCUGCAUCUUGCUGGCAUGGUGCUUGGGGAGCUAACUGCUCAGGUGGCCUUGGGUUAAGUUCUAAAUCAGCAGCUUUGAUUCAAGGAGUGUAUUUCUGGGUGUGGACCAGAUUAAUAUUUUUUUUUUUAGAUGUUGAUGGGGGGGGGGGGGGUAUGGAUGAGGGAGGAGCCAUCUGCUCAUUUUCUGCUAACCAGAUAAUGGAAGCCUGGCAUAACUUUCCUUUUUAUAAGCCUUUUCUGUACAAAAAGCCUUUUCAUUGUCUCUUGUGGUAUAAAACAUGUCGUCGUCCCCCCCACCCUCUGGUAUAUAAUCUUAUUUAUUUCCUAACUGAAAAAGGAGAUUCCAUGGUUCCAGUAUUCAGAGAAUUGAAAUGAGGCAAAGUAACUGUUCAACCUGGGAUAGCAUAUACAUGCUAUAUCUCGGCCUCUUCAUGCACUACUAUUUCAUUGGGUUUCUCUAUGAAAUGUAUAAGAUAAUUCCACAUGUGACAGAUAUAAGUACCUGGAAAACCACAGCCCAAACCCAGACUGCUCUGCUUUCACUGUUAAUAUGCUAGAAUGGCUGAUACCUCAGAAAGAUGUUUAUAAAUGUGUGUAAGUUAGAGUGAGCGAAAAGGGAAUAGAGUAGGCAAAGUUAUAGUGUUUAAAUUGGAACUGUGGAUAAAGUAUGUACAGUGAAUUGAGAUAAGCAAAUCACAGGGCUACAGCAGCUUUCAGCAUCUCACUGUGACUUACCUGCCCCUGGAGUAGAUCCAUAGGUUAUAUCUACACUGCAAUUACAAAUCUGUGGCUGGCCUGAGACUGCCAGCCUGGGCUUAUGGGGUUUGGGCUAAGGGGCUGUUGAAUUAUGGGUAGCCCCUGCGAGAUCCCAAAGCUCAAGCUGGAGUCCAAGCCAAACACUGAAAGUAAACCGCCCUUUAGCCUGAGCCCAAAUCAGCUGGCACAGGCCAGCUCCAAGUCUCUAAAGGCCGGGCGGACAUACGUUUUGUGACCGCGAGCUUGGGAUGAAACGAAUGUGUUUUGUCUUAAAUUGUACAACAUUAGUGAAGUUCUGGAGUGACAUGUCUAAAAAGCGAUCCUGCCGGGCUUGUGCCACUCUGGUGCAUGUGGGUAUGAUCUGAACCAUAUGGGUUUCCUGCAGGCUAACUGCCAAAGAAGACAGGAAAUCCAUCAAGUUCCUGGAAGAGGCCUUUGGAGAGUAUGCAGAUCUGUCUCUUCAAAGGAAUGUUUAAAACCCUCCUCCUCUUUGCUCUGAUCUGUAUAAUUGGAUGCAAUUUUAUUUUCCAGGUUACAUGCAAUAAAGGUAGCUCUUCUGUUCCAGAGCCAGAUCACACCUGAAAUGGAACACAUUAGGAAUUACAGCACUUAACAUUCUUAAUAUAGGUCUGAUCACCCUUAGUUGAAAGGUUUGCAUGCUGCUUGAAGCUUUUGAACACAUACCUCUGUGAUGACCUUUUGAACUGUAAUUAUGCAUUAUACAGACUUUUGGUUUAAUACAGAACUGUCUGUACAGCUGUACUAAGUCCUUCUUCACUGUGUCUAGAUACAUUGCCAAGUUUCAGAGAAGCAUUGAUUUCUAAAAAUCUGAUUAUUUUAUCUGUCCUGUCUUUCAAUUUAUAGUGUCUGACCAUACAACCAGGCCUUAAAAGGGAAAGGGAUUCUUGUGGCUCUCUUUUGACAGUGUUAAACACACAGACAAAUUAGAAAAAAACAUAUGUGCAUAGUGUAAAAGUUAUAAUUGGAUGCUCAUUUGAAACCAAACAAACUCCCUGUGAACUAGGCACUUACUACAUUACCCUCCUCAGCUCCAUGUUUCUUGUUUCUGGAAUGAAGUGCCCAACGGUGCUUGGAGGCACAACUGCCUUUGUGAGAUUUCACACUCCUUGAUCUUAUACUGAUCUUGAGCUUUUCUUUGGUGACCUGUAGACAAAGAACAUCCCAGUUCUGUCAAUAAGUUUUACAGCUUAUAUUUAUUUGUAUUCAUCUCUUUUGGCUAGGAAUGUAAAAGUGAUCCUAAAAUAAGAUGUGGAAUAAAAUCAAUCAGAUUUAU